AUGCAGAAUUUCGACAUUCCAUUCACUCUCGAAGAAAGAAUAACUAACGGAGUGGUUCCAUCCAAAAUUGUCCAAAGUCAAUCAACCGAGAAUGCCAAAGCAGAUAUUCGGUCAAAUUACCAAAACGCACCCCUCCACGUGUUGAGCUACCUAAUACACGAGGGCUAUGCAGAUACUGCGCUCAAUAUGGCAAAGGAUUUGCGCUUAGACGGAAUAAUUGACCGGCUUGAAGGAGCAGUUUUAGGCUAUAGAACACCAAAAGGGCAAUUUAGUGUUGAUAGUCCAUCCAAUAAUGUAUUUGACUGUGAUGCAAUGUUCAAACCAGAGCAAUUGGUAGAAAGAGCCGCCAAGAAUUCCGGAAAGCUUUUCUUGGAAGAUUCACCGAUAUUUGCACAUAUUACAGAGGAGGAGUACACGCGGUUGAUGUACGGAGUGGAUUCAAUAAAGACACGAGGUGAAGUGAGGCGGUAUUUGUUGGUAGGUAUGCCGGAUAAGGCCAGGGAUCUCAUAUCUGACGUGUAUCCGACGUUGUUGGAUUCAAAUGCAUUUGUGUACUUCAAGUUGACGCAGAUGUAUUUGAUAGAGAUGAUUAAACGCCACUGGGCUGAGCUUGCGGAGAUCUCCGACCCCAAAAAGAGCGAAAAGUGCGAGCGGCAGUUUUUGGAUGAUGUGACCAAGUUUAUCAGUGAAAGGCUUUCCGCACCAAGCAUAUUGGAAAGUAGAGACUUCCUUAUCGAGGUUGAGAAGACAAUCACACUAUUAUGCUACGGGCAGGAGUUUCGGAAGCCAAAAGAAAGCCGGAAACCAAUACCGAAAGUUCUCCAGUGGUUGACCUCGCAGAAAAUGAGGCAGGAGGUAGCUGAUUUGGUGAAUAAAUCGAUACUUAUACAUGAGAAUGGUGUUCCAGAUGAGGAGCCUGUUGUUCGCUUUGACACUCAGAUGGAGACUUUAACACGAAAGAAGAUCCAACCGAACGAUUUGAGCAAGAAAAGAGCGAAGCAAGACGAAAAAACAGAGUUGGAUGAAGAAGAUGCACAGAAAAAGGAGCAAGUGCAGAAAACUGCAAGGCAGAUAGAAGAGAUGAACGACACGGAGACGCUGCUCAAGAAGAUACCGGAUGCAAAAUUGAAAAGAAUAGUCCGACUAUUGUUUUGGGGCUGCCAAGAUUUCAAAAGCGAAGACGAGCGUCAUCAGUAUUAUAUUGGAAAGAGAGAUCUUUCAUCUAUGCUACAAUCCAUUUUUCACCCGUAUCCCGCUCCAGUGGAUGAUAAGUAG